CCGCAUACUACAAACCACAUCUUGACCAAUCCCCCACCACUCCUCUUGGAGUCUACCAGAGCUAAAGCAGUCGAGUGGCGGGACUUACUACGCAGAAGUUCACCGAAGAUCUGGAACCUCUACCUUACAAUCAAGAAGCGAGCUCAAAGAAACCACUGGUUUAUACUAGCUCGUAAUCAGGAUAUUGUAUAUUGAAUAAUUGAAUAGCUGGAAAUUCAAACGUAUGACCUUUCAAGGUUGAAACGUACAGUUAAUGUGAGAACAAAAAUGGAAAAAGAUUUAAGCUAUGGGGAAGUUGUAGGAAACACUAAUAAAUCAGGUGAUGUUAAUCCAAGAAAUACGGCUGUACAAGUUAAAAAAGGAGAAGAAGAGGUUCAUAAAAAUUCUCAAGUUCCUGGUACUACUAGCAUUCUAAGUAGUUAUUUUACAAAAGAAAUUACAGCUGAUGAAGAUCCAUUUGAGUCUGUGUGCGAAUCAAACACUACUGAUGGAUUGAUAAAAGAGUCAGAAUCAACUGAGAAGUCCGUUUCAUUGAAAAAUAUUCAACCAGAAGUUAAACAAGACACGGCUAGUUUAAAUCGUCUGCGGCAACGAGAUGCUUGGCUACCAUCAGAAUCGACUAGAAAUGCUCUGCUGAAUCGAAAUACACCUACAAAGCCUGCUGAAAUAAAACCUGUUCUUAUGGGAAAGGAUUAUGAAAUUGUCAAUAGCAACAAUAGUGGUGGUGGUGGUGGUAGCCUCAGCACAUUCGCUGAUCCAUUUCAUUAUCUGCUGGUUCAAUUUAUGGGUGAUGAACCAGGAGUGAAUGCGAUACGACGAGCACCGUCUAUUGAACAAGUGAAUCAGAAUGUUGAUGGUUUAAAAGAAUUGAUUGCUAAUGGAUGGUAUACCUGCGCUUUAAGUCUUACCUAUCGUAUUCUAUCAAAUAUGGGAUUUGAAGAGGGCAAAGGUGGGUCGGUGUUGACUCCGUACACUGCUCAGAUUUGGCUUACUCGACUAGCCUUAUUAGUACGUACACGGAAUUAUGAACUGGCUGAACGUGAACUAGCCACCUUUCAAAAUUUAGAUGCACCAAAUGUUUAUUUUGAAUAUACACCUGAAUUGUAUCCUGGACGAACAGGUUCUAUUAUUCCAUUCUCCUUAAGAUUACUUCAUGCUGAAUUACCGUUUCAUUUAAAUCGUCCUACUGAAGCAUUAGAUCGUUUGUAUUAUUUACACGCUAUAAUUGUUCGGAUUCGAAGUAAUCUUGAGAAAGGUUUUAAAGAAGACGGUUUGACAAGUGAAUCAGAUCCUGUGUAUCGACAAACUUCAAUGAAUUUAUGGAAAAGUCGUGAAAUUCGCCUGCUGUCUAGUUGUUUAUCAAUUUUUCUACAAAAAUUCGACUAUCAAUCAGCCAUUCAAGUUGUCCAUCAAAUUUCUUGUUUACACAGAGAUAAUCAAGCUGCACUUAGAGGAUUUUGUAGUCUACUCGGACGUAUUUAUUUACAGUUUGGUGAUUUAGAGACUGCAAAGGCAUAUUUUGAUAAAUCGAUAUCGGGUAUUGUUAAUGGUAGUAGUAGUAGUUGUUGUAGUACAGAUUCAUCGUGCAAUAAUGAUUCAACUCAACUGUUAAUAAGGAAAAGUUUUCAAAAUGGUUUGCUAUGCAUUGCUAAAGGUGAAUAUCAAGAAGCUAAAAAACUCUUUGUGGAAGUUUUACGCUUAGAUCCUACAAAUGUGGCUGCUGCUAAUAAUUUAGCCAUUUGUGGUUUAUAUCUUGGACAAUUAACUGAAUCAAUUGAAGCCUUAGAAAAGUUAACAACAAUUGGAUUAACUAACCAAAGUCUACCAUUAAUGCCUUCUAUAGAUAAUACACAAUCUCGUCGAUUUUGUCUACACGAUGUGAUGAUAUCAAAUUUAACUGUAUUAUAUGAAGUUGAAUCAGAUUCUGCAUUAAUGAAAAAGUUGAAUUUACUGAAAAAGUUAAUUAAAUUACCCGGGGAACCAGUGCAUAUAUCAUCGUUUAAACUACCUGUUAAACAAUAAAACAAGUUUGGCUCCUUUUUUUAAAUGUACACAUAUUUUAAACGAUAUCAAAGACCGUUUACUUUCUCUCUUUCUGUGAUAUAAUGACUUUUUUUGAAAUAAUCUUUUAUUGACCGACAUUGUUCAAUGUACAAUUUGACUUAUUGAACAUUGAAUUCCAAAUUAUUUAUUUUUCUGUUUGAUUGAUAUGAGGAAUGACUGAGCGCUUUUGAUGGAUAGCGAGAAUGUGGAAUACAGUAAAAGAAGCGUAGAAUAAUUAUGAUCUUGUAAACAAAUAAAUGUUUCAAUUGUCCGUAUGCUUUCCUUCAUAUUUCUUUUCCUUGUAUAAUAUUCGAGUAUCUGACAAAUAAAUCAAUUAAAUCAGAAUGGUUAUUCUAAAGUACAGCAACCCAAAAUGAAACUUACUAACGAA